GAUGGCUACCAUUCCCCGUCAAAAGUGACGUCUCCAGAGCUUCGAAAGAUCUCUUUGCUCCCAUCCCCAUUCUCUCUAUCUCUCUCCUCGAAUCAGCUGCUCGACGAAUUGCCGAUUGUUGUUCCAGAUCAAUUUCAAUCAAGUGGAGGCAAAUAGCAAGAGUCAACGAGGAGGAAGAACGAUCAAGAAAGGGAGGGAGAUGUGGGUAUUCUAUUCGAUAUCGCUGCCGCUAACCCUGGGCAUGAUUGCGGUGACGCUGCGCUACUUCGCUGGACCGGACGUCCCACGAUACGUGCUCUUCACAGUUGGAUAUACGUGGUUCUGCUCUCUCUCCUUCAUCAUCUUAGUUCCCGCCGACAUUUGGGCUGCAUUGAUUGGGCAUGAUAACGGAGGCAUUGCUUUCUUCUGGAGUUGGUCAUAUUGGAGUACCUUUGCUUUGACUUGGGUUGUGGUUCCUACUAUUCAGGGUUAUGAAGAUGCUGGAGAUUUUACAGUGAAAGAAAGAUUAAAAACAAGUAUUCAUGUCAAUCUAGUCUUUUAUUUGAUUCUGGGAGUGGUCGGCUUUCUUGGACUCCUGCUACUUCUCAUCAUGCAUAGAAGUUGGAAUAGAAGUAUUAUGGGCUUAGCCAUGGCUUGUUCAAAUACAUUUGGACUUGUGACUGGUGCAUUUCUUCUUGGUUUUGGAUUAAGUGAGAUCCCAAAGAGUGUAUGGAAGAAUGCUGAUUGGAACAAUCGUCAAAAGAUCCUUUCCCACAAGGUUGCAAAAAUGGCCUUGAAAUUAGAUGAUGCUCAUCAAGAAUUUUCAAAUGCAAUUGUGAUUGCUCAGGCCACAUCCAAACAAAUGUCCAAGAGGGAUCCAUUGAGACCUUACAUGGAUGUUGUUGACAACAUGCUUGUCCAAAUGUUUAAGGAAGAUCCAUCUUUCAAGCCAUCAGGGGGAAGGUUGGGCGAAAAUGAUAUGGAUUAUGAUACAGAUGAAAAAACAAUGGCUACACUAAGGCGCCAACUAAAGAAAGCUCAUGAGGAGUAUUAUCGAUGUAAGAGUGAAUACAUGACAUACGUAAUGGAGGCUCUACGGCUAGAAGACACCAUAAAAAAUUAUCAGCAUUGUGAUUCAACUGGAUGGAAAUAUAUUUCUAGUUUCAGAGGAAGUCGGACCGGGGCAUUCGGAUCAUUUGCGGAUACAAUGGAGCUUGUAUGGCGCUGCUUUCUCAAAAAUAGAGUUAAGAAAUUUGCAGCAGUACUACUUGGUUGUAUGACUGUUGCCAUCCUAUUGGCUGAAGCAACCAUUCUGCCUAGUGGGGUAGAUUUGUCUCUCUUUUCAAUACUUAUAAACACAGUUGGGAAGCAGGAGAUGCUCGUUCAGAUUGCUGCGUUUGUUCCUCUUAUGUAUAUGUGCAUUUGCACAUAUUAUUCGUUGUUCAAGAUUGGAAUGCUCAUGUUCUACUCUUUAACUCCAAGACAAACAAGCUCAGUUAGUUUGCUUAUGAUAUGCUCAAUGGUUGCAAGAUAUGCACCUCCGAUUUCCUACAAUUUUCUGAAUCUUAUUCGCCUUGAUGGAGAUAGGAAAACUGUUUUUGAGAAGAGGAUGGGAAACAUUGACGAUGCUGUUCCUUUCUUUGGUCAAGGCUUUAAUAGAAUAUACCCUCUUAUUAUGGUUAUUUACACGGUGCUGGUUGCAGUUAACUUUUUUGGUCGAGUGAUUGAUUAUUUUGGAAGCUGGAAAAGGUUCAGGUUACGGAAUGAAGAGGAGGAUAUGAAUGGCUUUGAUCAAUCAGGAAUAAUUAUCCUGCAAAAAGAGCGUUCUUGGCUUGAAAAAGGGCAUAACGUUGGUGAGCAAGUCAUACCAUUAGCAAGAAAUUUUGGCAACGUUAAUGUGGAUCUUGAAUCUGGCAAUGUCUCACUGGAUAAGGAUACUACAGAAGGUCCUUCCAAGGAAGAAACCCAAAAGACCCUAAAAUCUCAGAGAAAAGACAACCAAAUACAUGGCACCAGCAAAGAGGCCUUAGCCGAAAAAUAUGCAACAAGGCAAGACCGAAAGUCAUCCAUCACAGAGACAUCAAAAAAGAAUGCCGUCUCCCACAAUCAAUCAGAUGUAAAUACUACCGAAUCAGGCUCAAGUCUUUCCUCAAAGUGGGCAUCCAUGAAAUCUGGAUUUCAAAAACUUAAGAACAAUAUCGGUGCAAGAAAGCUGCUUCCCCUGCGAGAGAUUCAGGAAAUAUCACUUCCUGCCCGUGUUUCGUCAUCGGAAUCCCUGGACGAAAUAUUUCAGAGACUCAAACAGCGCCCACACAAAGAUCAGAUGGGCAAUUUUGACUCUGAAGAUGGUGAUAGUUAGGACAUUUUAUGGCCGGAGCCAACCAAGAUGUGUCACCUCAACAGGAAAUAGUUCAGGCUUCUUCAUAAGUUACUCCAACCAUAUUAAAUUUGUAAAGACCAGUAAAGUGGAUUCCAACUAUAGUGAAAUGGUUACUUUAUACAACACAAAUUUACAGCAAUUAAUGGUAGGUGUCAAGAAAUCAGUAAAAUUGUCUCAUGUAUUUGUGCCAAAAUAUCAAGAACUGAUCAACGGGACCAAAAAAACAAUAUUGUUCUGAUUGAUUAUAACAGCAUCUUAUUGCUUCUUAAA